GUACCUCUCAGCACACCCGUCGCCUGCCAUACAAAACACCGUCAACCGACAACACCACCACUUCGACCAGUCUCGCAUCGAAAAACCGUCGAGCAAAAAACACCACAUCACACCGCAGUCAUGCCUAAGGAAAAGACCACCACCCGCGGCUCCAAGAAGGCCGCCGGCAAGGCUGAUGGCGGCAAGAGAAAGAAGGAUCCUAACAUGCCCAAGCGAGGUCUGUCUGCCUACAUGUUCUUUGCCAACGACACGCGUGACAAGGUCCGCGAAGACAACCCGGGCAUCAAGUUCGGCGAGGUCGGCAAGCUCCUCGGUGAGAGGUGGAAGGCCUUGAACGAGAAGCAGAAGGCUCCCUAUGAGGCCAAGGCUGCCGCUGACAAGAAGCGCUACGAGGAGGAGAAGGCAGCCUACACUGCUGCACCCGAGGAAGAAGACGAGGACGAGGACUAGAGUAAUCGGUCUCGACUUCGGAAUCGUCGCAACAUUAGCGCACGAAAGUCUGACUGCUGCACUGCAUCAGUGCCAUCAGUAUGCGUGGGUGCGCUAUCUGGGCGUGUCAAAUGGAAGACAGUAGUGUGUGGGGGGCGAUUGUGCUUGCUCCACGGACAGGGAAGGGAAUGUGAUACCAAGAGAAUCGGCGAGAAUUCAAUGAGCCAGCUUCUCAGCAGACACGAAGGCUUAUGUACUAGUAGUAUACGGCGGGGCGUACGUGAUGACAGAGGACGAGCAGUUUCAUUUGUGCUAUCAGUGACCACCUACCAGUGAC